GUGUCUGUGUCUUUAGCACCCGGGCAGGAGAAAUGCCCCUCCAGAAUUUUUCUCCCAGCUGUGCGUGGUCCCCCAGCGCCCUCACCCCUGCAGCCCCCCUGAUCCUCCUGCCGUGGAUGAGACCGCUGUCGCAGGGUACAUCUACAGAUGCUAAACCCCCGAGCUCACCUCAGGUGCACUGGGGACCUGAAUUGUUGUGCUCAGAGGAAGGUGGGGAGCAAUGCGCCUGCCCUAAAUUCUGCUGAAACGCUUUCCUGCCUCAUGGCAUAAGACCUAAAAAGUACUUUGGCCUUAGGAAGCAAGGUAAUUAAUGCCUGUAGCCCAAAUCAUUUCAAUCUUACUCAGUAUUAAAUGGAAGCAAAACAUGACAGAUGAAAGAGGGAACUAUUUAAUCAGCCGGGUGAGCUUUCCAGGAGAAAACUGCCGGUUGUUGGGGAGUUUCAGGCAGAAGGUAUGCGCCUGCUCCCCCGGGGGCCAGGGCACCCUAUAAAACCCCACACGGCACCCGUCCCUGCCACCCGCUCCCAGCCGCCGCCGCUGCCUCUGCCGCCCGGGUAAGUCGAGACAGGCUCCGUCUCUUCUCUCCACUGAGCUGUUGCUUUCGUCGAUGCCUUGCGCCCGGUCCUCCACAAGAGUUCAAGGUGUACGUCCUCGCCGAGCGAUGUCCUGCUACGACCUGUGCCUGCCCUCCUCCUGCAGUCCCCGGCCGCUGGCCACCAGCUGCAACCAGCCCUGCUUCCGCCGCUGCGGGGACUCCACCACCGUCAUCCAGCCCCCCACUGUCGUGGUCACCCUGCCCGGGCCCAUCCUCAGCUCCUACCCGCAAAACACGACGGUGGGGUCCACAGCGUCGGCGGCGGUGGGGAGCUACCUCCGGUGCUGCGGGGUCCCCAUGGCCUCCAGUGGUCCCCGGGGGCUGGGGAAGGCGGGACUGCUGUGCCUGGGCAGCGGGCUGUAGGGGUGUCCCCGGCGGUCACCUCCUCCUGCCGAUGCCAGCAGAGCGGCCGCGUCGGGAAGGACAAACGAAGCACAGGACCAAGACUGGGGAAGAGGACUAAGGAAAUGCCCGUGGGUUUCCCAGCUUUGGGGGGCACCCGCAGCCCCCCCAGGAGGAGGGGAGCCUCGCAAGCUUGUCACUCGAGCCCGUGCCUCUGUAUACCUUUCUCUCACUAAGCCUUACUUUAUAUUUCCAUGUAGGUGUCACACCCUGUGGUGCUGCACAGCAUUUGCUACGCGCUGGGAGAAAAUGCUUAUAGCAGGCUGUAGACAGAAAAUGAUAGUCAUGGGGCGGUGGGGCAGAGGAACACCUUGUAGGGACCGGCUUGUCCCGCAGUGGGGUUUAUCCAUUUCUUUACCGAGUGCUGGAAAUGCACUUCUCAUACUCUGAACUGGUUUAUUCUCCUUCUCAUUAAA